AUGAAUCCUAAUAAACCAUAGUAUUUAUGGUAAAAUAAUCGAUCAUCUUUACACAAACGAUAUUAAAUUUCAUCUAGAAGCAAUAGCCUUUCAAUAAAAAGCAAUAGAGAACAUUAUUCAUCCUCAUUUGAAAAUGAUCUAAGGAAAAGCCUUUUAGCUCAAUCCCAACUUGAAUAUUAAGGAAAACUGCAAUAAGUCAUGGAUACUCAAAACGAAUUACUUAGACAUUAAUUGUUAGAAAUUUAAAAUAGGCAACUGAAAUUCCAGAAUGAAGUGCUUCAAUAAUAGGUAGAAAAAAUCUAGCAUGAUGUAGAAAACACCUUCAAACUAGUAACAAAAUAGAAAUUACCAGCAUUGAAUGGCUAAUACUAAAACCAAAUUGCUUAAUAAAUCAUAAAUAAUGAAUCAAUUAUCUCCUAAAUAAAAUAGCAUCAUUUAAUAGCUGAGACAAAUAAAUUCAGAAAUUAUUUAAAAGAAAAUCAACUAGAGAGUAUGGAGAGAAUCGAAAAAAUAGAGAGAAUGGAGAAAAUGGAGAAACAAUCAGAAAAUACUAUCAAAGUUAUACCUUAAUCUACCAUAAGAGAUAAUUCAAACGACUAUGAGUUUAAAAUUAAAAAAAUAACAAUUCCUUAAAAACCUAAGAAAUAUGUCACGAGACUAAAGGUAAUCUUUUUGGUUGUACUUGCUUAUGUUAGAUGGAGCAAAGAGUUUAGAGUAAAAAGAAUUGAAUAAGCAAAAAAAUUAAAAUAAAUUAGAGAGAAAUUCUAGUUUACAAAAUAGAAAAUCUUAUUAAUUAAUGAAGAUCAAAUAAAAUUACAACUUUAUUAAUGGGUAGAAAAUGUUUUUGAUGAAUUCAUCUAUGAACUCUGUAGACCUGAAUUCUUAAAGCAUUGCCAAACUAAAGAUUACGAUCCUAGUUCACAUGAUAAUAUUAUUUAUAGACAAGGACUAAUAUUAAAAUUAACUUUAGAUUACUUUAUUAGACUUGAAAAAAUGACUUAAAUGAAUGUGUUACCAAAAUUAAUUGUCAAUUUGAUGUAUUUGUCAUUGUUUUUAUCUUAAAAUUCUAAAGCACCAUUAUUUGUAGCUAAAAGAACCAAUUUUUAUUUGAAAAACAGUAUUAAAAUAUCCAGUCCAUAAGAAAAGAUGAUAAUUGGAGAAUACUUAUUGUUUCGCCUUAUUAUACAGAAUAUGUUGAUUAUAUUUAAUAAUAUCAAAUAUCAUAAUCGAAUCCAUGAAAAGCUAACUAAAUUUUUUGUUACUAUCAUAGCAAGUUUUAUUUAAAUCCUAUACAUGGACUAUUUUGAAGAUAUUAAAUUGGUUAAAUAAAUUAAUGUGGAAUUGUAUUAAAGAAAGAUUGUUUUAGAUGAAAAUUUAAAAGCGUUAAUGAUUUUGGAAGAGUAAAUAGAUGAAAAUGAGCUACUGAUUUUAGGGUUGUAAGAUCGAUCGUAAUUUGAAAUUUUGUUUUAACAGCAGAUGGAUUGGAUUUAAAACAUAAGCAAGAUUUUCCAUAAAAUUAUUAUGAACAUACACGAAUAAAUAUGA